AAUCGUCCCAUCAAACACUAUGUAGUGAUAAAUACCUCCAUUUUUCCCUAAAGAAGCUGACAGAGUUAAUUAUUUACCCUCACUUACAAAAUGAAUGCACAAGCCAUCAAGGAAAUUAAGGAGAUAAAUGCACAACAUGCCAAGGAGGCAAAGGUGAACACAGUAGACAUUCGUUCAUCGGCGGGGCAAGGCCAAGAACAAAGGAAUGUGCAGGUGGUUCACCAGCCACAUCCCUCCGCCAAGACAAAUACCAGUGGUGGAGUCCUGACUACUGCAGCUGCUGCGGUGGCAAACACCCUUCAAUCCGCCAAGGAUGCCAUCUCCAAAAAUGACUAGCGCAUUACAUUUCGGAUAUCAAGACGUAUAUGAUCCCAGAUUUUGUCAUGAAUUGUCUAUGUGUAUUACUAAAAAUUGUCAAAAUAGUUCGUCUUUUUUUUAAUUGGCAAUUUUGAUUUGUCAUCUGUACAAUGAAAAUGUUAUGAUAUGCAUGUAUGAUAUUGUUUUGGCUUAGAUUU